AUUCUCACUAUCGUAUGACUCGUGAAACAUUUAGUCGAUCACAUUUCACAAUGAGCAAAAACUUCAACAAAGUUUUGAGGGCUUUGAACACAAUAGCACCAGAUAUGAUGGUUAAACCAAAAUCUACAGUGCCAAGUAAAAUAAGAGAAUAUACAAGAUUUUACCCUUACUUUAAGGAUUGUAUUGGAGCUAUUGAUGGCACACAUAUACCAGCAACAGUAAAAGGUCGUGAUGUAAGUAGCUAUCGUAAUCGCCAUGGAAAAAUUUCACAAAAUGUAUUAGCAGCUUGUAACUUUGAUUUGGAGUUCAUAUACGUGCUUAGUGGAUGGGAGGGUUCGGCUCAUGAUUCAAAAUUACUACAUGAUGCUUUAUCAAGGAGGAAUGGACUUAAAUUUCCUAUAGAGCCAAAUGAUGAAUCUCCAUCAUCGUUAUUAAUACAAGAAACUGAAGAAAAUAAUUUCGAAGAGCUGCUUGAAAGUCAAGAGCAACAACGAGAGAAUGCUAAUGAAUGGAGAACUACAAUGGCUUCAAAUAUGUGGGUGGAUGCCCAAAAUGCAAGAAAUCAAAGUAAUGAGCAAUGA